AUGUUCGGUUUCGUAGCUGACAUACUCACCUCGGUGACGUCGAUCCUCUUCCCCAUCUUCGCAUCGUACAAGGCGCUGCGCAGCUCGGACCCGGCCCAGCUAGCACCAUGGCUCAUGUACUGGACCACCCUCUCACUCGCCCUCGCUGCUGAAUCUUUCCUCUACCCCAUCCUCAGCUGGGUCCCCUUCUACUCCUGGAUUCGUCUCGGCGCUCACCUCUACCUCGUGCUGCCUGGCCAGCAAGGUAGCGUCUUUGUCUACCAAAACUACAUCCAUCCCUUCCUUUACGAACACGAGCGCGAAAUCGACCGCUUCAUCACAAACAGCCAUGAAAAAGCAAAGGCAGCGGGCUUGCAAUAUCUCAAGCAGGGCAUCGAGUGGGUCAAGGUUAACCUCCUCGGUAUGCAACCUCGUCGUCCUACUCCUCCCGCUAGCAGACAGGUCAGCUACAGCCAAGCUCUAUACAACCGCUUCGUUAUGCCUUCUGCUCGUCCCGAAGGAUACAGCGGGCCCGGAGCUUCGCAAUCUGCUCCUGGUGCCAACGACUUGUUCUCCAUGCUCGGCAAUGUAGUGGCUCAAGCUGCAGGACCCGGCGGUGCCAGUCGUUCUCGUGAUGCGCAAGCUGAAGACCUUAGUGCAAGCGGCAGCCUCGUGCCUCCGCACAUGUCAGGCGAAGAACGCAGUGCCUACAUCUCCACGCAAAAGGACCGUCUACGCACUCUUCUCCAGGCCUUUGACAAUGAAGCCUCUCGCGAGCAUACCCCACCCUAUCCUACCAACGACGGGCCUGGCCCAAACCUUCAGGACUACUUGAAACCCGCUGCUGAAGGCUUGCUGAACAGAAGUAGAAGCGAGACCGAGUUCGAGGAUCUAGGUUACGAGCAUGUACCUACAGGAAGCAACAAGCCCAGCCCCAGACUCUCUGACAGAAGCGGUAGCUGGAGCAAAUGGGUUUGGGGUAACUACGGCGAGAAGGAUUCUGCUGCCGGACAGAAGAAGAAUGACUAA